AUGAAGUGGAAGUGGGGGGGCACAGAGGCAUGUAAGAUCCGGCAGUUUGUGAAAGCGAAUACCGGCCCGCCUGGCCCCGCCCCCCGGGCCCUGUCGGCCAAUCGCAGCGCGCCUGGCCGCCCGGCCGGCCCCGGGACUCGCGGCGGGGAGGGGACCGCGCUACACCCGCGGCCCGCGGCGCUGCCAGCGAGGAGAACCUGCCGCCGCUGGCUGCCUCCCCCUCCGCCCGCCGAGCCGGGUCGCGGAGGAGGAGGAGGAGGUCGCGCCCCGGCUGGGACAGCAGCAGAUUUCUGGGCAAUUGUUACCUCCACUGAGAGGCCUUCUUUGACUACUCUACCUAAAAUGGCACCCAUCCCUCUCUGCACAGGAUCGAACUCAGUGACGACUACAAAAUUGCCUUGUUCACAUGGCUGGCAAGGGGCACGGCUGGAAUUUGAACCUACUCCUGUCUGAUUUCAAGUCCGCAAUCAUCCUACUACCGUCCAUCGUUCAUUAGAGAAAAAGGAUCAUUUUUCCUUCAUCCCAGAUGAGUUUGACACACUUCUCUUCUGGCACAUGAAGCUUGGUUCCCAGUCUUCCGGGUGCUCCGCAGACCCACGGGGCCCACGCAUCUUAGGCCAGCCAGGGUUUCCAGGUUCAGUUAGUGACAGCUCGACUGGGUUGGGAUGGGUCAUUUUUGGAUAAUGAGCCUGCUACUCCCAGAAGCCCUUUAAUUUGCUGGAACAAGUUGAGAAGUUUGAAUACAAUGCAUGAUAUUAUGACAUAGA